ACCACACCAAUGACAUAUCCUGUGAAACCGAGGCCGGGCCAGAAAUCCGAGCCUGCACGUGACAGGGGCCACUGACUAAAAACGUCCGUCCGUUUGCUCCAUGACAUCGACAGGGUAUGCACAUACACGUACGUUCAAUUUAAUUGACAGCUUUAGUAUGACCUUUGGAUUCAAGGAAAAAGAUCUACAAGAGAAGACUUUUUCAUACCCGAUGCUGUGAACUUUUCCGCCACCCGCCGACUUCAUCGUGCCGCUUUUUUUGUUUGCGCGUUCAUUUCAGUCCCGAAGUCACACAUUAUUCCUACUGCUUUCAGUUACUGAGCUGCUAUUCAGUUUCAGGAUGUUUCUACUGUUAUCCUGUGUAACGUCGUUCGUUAAUUGCCCUGCUGCGGGAGUUGCCCUUCUGUAUGAUACCCAAGGGAGGAAGGGAUACGUAGACAGCAGUGAUAGUAGAAUUGUGCGUUUGACAACGCUGGUUUCUCUCGUGCCAAACGAUUCUCGGACGGCUUGUGAAAGCCGAGAAGCUGUCGCACAACAUUGUUAAUGUUAAGGCCAAAAAAGAGCGGAUCCAUCUCUUGCCCUUAAGCACCCUGUGGACACUGUAACAGAGCAUUAUCUUUGGAGACUUACAAACGGAAUGUCUUGAGAGCAGUACAGGCCGAUUAACUGGCGAGAGCGCAAGAAUGAAAAUAAGGAAAAAUGAGAGAAAAAGAAGACGAGCAAACGUACGUAGAACAGGCUGGGUUGUUGCACGUACGACAUUGUCGUAGAGCUUCGGAAAGGAAAGGCUACAACAGCUGUCCAAAAUUAGGAAACUUGGCACAGCUCAAUUGGUGCCUGUGCGAUUGGAGAUCACUAUCGCAGCGUUAGCCAAAAAGCAGAGGCCGUGGAGGACGAAGGGUAUUAGAGAGAGAGCGAGAGAGAGAGAGAGAGAGAGAGGGCGUGGAAGCAAAACGAGAUAAAAAGAACAGGAAAAGCAACCGGCCAGGCCUUGACUUCUAUUGCUGCGAAGGUUGUCUGUAUUGAAUCGAUCUAGAAGAUCUACAAUACAUGACUAUGACAUUGCUGUGACGUUUUUCAACCAAUUGUUGCGUGCUCAUCAGAAGAGUGGAAGAUGGUAAAGGCUGGCAAAGACUGUGGAGCGGAAGAAACGUCGCGACCGGCAUGCUGGUACGUACCAUUGGAUGCCAACUAUCGUUAAUGGGCGCAUGCCGUUUGGCGUCCAUCGAGCGCAACAGAGUCGACGCGACUCGGAAGACUCGGAUCGCAUGUGAUGUAUGGACGUGAUUUAGAUAAAAUCUGGAGAAAUCGACGAGCGGCAGAGAUAGCUAACGAGUUGUUGUUUGGUCAAUCUCUUGUUGUCAGAAGAUAGCGCACUGCUUUAAGCGACACCGAACGCUUGUAGACAUACCACUUUUACCUCAUAUACAGACGUAACUACACUCGAUGGAUUCGUUACCGCGUUUCCAUCGGUGGGGUUCGAGUGUUGGUCUGAGUGAAAAGAGCCGCCACAAGUGGAGUUCGGCCAGCAACAUCAGUCGGCAGUCCAAUGCAGGAAGCGCGUACCAUUUGGAAUUGGAACAGCUGAUUGACACAUUUCGGCGUUCAGUGUUGCUGGCCACAGACUCGCCUAUGUCGCCGCCCUCACCACGACCGCCUAGUAAUGGUCUCCUUCACCAUGGCUCUUUGCAUUUUGGCAUCCCUCAUCACCCCCCACGUGGUGGAAACCACAAUAUAGGCCAAUUUCACAGAACACCGACUCUAAUGACAGCCAAUACGACGAGCAGCCUGAAUAGUGCACUCGACCCCCUCCACGAUGCCUUCCACAGUGCCCUUAACUCUCCCGUAGAUCACCAUCUUAGCCCCUUAGCGCCCCCCGAUUUGGAGGGCCGGAUCGGAAAUCUUACCCAUCAUACAGCUUCACAUUACGCGUCUGUCCAAACGAGAGGUCAUCUCGGACAACACCAGCAUCGCCCAGAACGCCUCCAGUCGUUGGUUAAUCAACAACAAAUCCAGCAAAUCACCGAACAAGAUGCCGCAAUACAACAAAACCACGAGAACGGCCUCCAUGCUAGAGAAUCACUCAUCUUUAGCAAGGAACCGUCGUCUAACGAGUUCACAAUGGCUCUCUGCAGCGACAAUGAUGACGUGACGGAAGGACCCUUAAACAUACAGGACGUGUUUCACACACUACAGCAACGACACGUUCUAAUUACGGGUGGUCAAACGUGCGAAGGUCAUCCUGUCCUUCAUCUGCCUGAUACAGGGACAUUCUGUCAGAUCCCUGAUGACCACCUUCGCCGUCUGCUGCGAUAUUUAGCUGGAGUUCCUCUACCGCACGAGCAGAAUGCCGGAUUUGUUAUCGUUGUCGACAGAAGAAGAGACAAAUGGAGUUCUGUCAAAACCGUCUUACUCAAAAUAUCUGGUUUCUUCCCUGGAAUUAUUCAGAUCGUGUUUGUGCUCAAGCCAACGGGCUUUCUACAGAAAGCUCUAUCCGAGGUGUCCCAUAAACUGUUUAGGGAUGAAUUUAAUUUCCAGGUGGUGCUUCUGGGCUCGACGUCCGAGCUCCACUCAUACAUCCAUCCGUGCCAGCUCACUCAGGACGUCGGCGGACAUUUACCUUACGACCAUCGCCUGUGGUGCGAUCAGCGCGCCGCUGUAGAGAAGUACUCAAUGUUCCUGGCAGAACUCACCGCCUCGAUCCGGGAAGUGUCACGUCAGUUCCAGGAGACAGAACUUCCAAACGAUGCCGACACAACGUAUAAUUUACUCCAGGAUCAGGGCGGGGAGUACCAAUGCCUGAAGGAUUCUUUACUAUCGGCGGCGCAACGAGGCAAGGAUCUUCUAGCAAAAGUAAGAGUUCAGCCUCCCGAGGUGAUUCCGUACAAUGCGUUGGACAUCGAAGACGCCCGCCAGCGACAACAGCGCCAGCGUAGGCUCAAUGGUAACGAGAACAUAGUUCGUCAAAUGAUGGCCGAAAUCGCCCAACAUGAAAGGGACCUUGACUCAUUUUGGCUCCUGCACAAGGAACGAUUAAAUCAGUGCCUCCAGCUGCGGCGAUUUGAAACGCAAUUCAAAGAGGUACACAUGAACAUGGCUGCCAAUAUCCGCGACGUCCGCGAUAUGGUCGAGCUUGGGGAUUGCGUCACGAGGGUUGACACACUACUUUCGGAGCUUGAACACUUCCAUAAGAUAGCCGAGGACGACCUGGAAAAGGCAGACCACCUUCAGCGGAUCGGUUCUCGACUGUUGGAAGGCGGCCAUUACGCAAUGGACUCGAUCGAGCCGAAAUGCGUCGAGCUGAAGCGGUUAUGCCUCGAGUUUAAAGACAGCUAUCAACGUCGAAGAGAAAAACUUGUCAGAUACAGAAACCUUCAGGAAAGAAUCGAAAGAGCCAAUAGAUGGUGUACCGAGGGAAUCGAGUUACUGGCUGGUCUCCACAUUGACAAGUGCAGUUCGCCCGAUUUCGCAAAAAAAGCACUUGAAGAUCUAAAUCGCUAUCUGGAAACAGUGAAAGAGUUUCAAAUGGGUGAAGAUGACGAGUACUUCGAAGAUUUUAUCAACAACGAAACUCGGCCACUCUUGCAACAGGUACUGAAGCGCAUAGAUGACGUUCGAAUGAUGUGCAUCAAUAGGCAAGCCUCUUUUCGAAAGCUUGCGGCUAGUCGGCCCGCCCCGAAGUCUACUGCCGCCGAAACGCCAGCAUAUUCUGGUAGUGACAUCGCAAGCAACACAGCAACUAAGGACAGCAGCAGCAAGGACGUAAAGAAGGAUUCGGAACAAGGCAGUCCAACGUCGUCAACACGUUCAUCUCUCAAAAGCAAGAUUGAGGUGCAGCUGCCGCUGGAAAUUUCAUGCGCCUCACUCACCUCACCGACCGAGAAGCUUAAAGAUGAUAAACGGGGUCACGUCAUGCAAGAGCUAAUUGAAACGGAGAAGAGUUAUGUAGCAGAGCUGAAUUCAGUCGUCGAGGGCUACCAGAAACAAAUGUCAAAUUCUGAACUCAAGCCGCUAAUUCCUCCACCGCUUGUGAAUCGUGCAGAUGUGCUUUUUGGCAACAUGGCAGACAUACUUGCCUUCCACCGUGAUGUGUUCCUCGGCGACCUUCAAGGGUGCCAGACAACACCUGAGCAGGUGGGACAAUGUUUCGUACAGCGAAGCGAGGAAUUUCAUCAAUUGUAUAGUGUCUAUUGCAUGAAUAAGCCCCGCUCCGAAGCGCUUAGAGCGCAAUGCGCCAAUGACGAUGCCUUCUUCAAGGAGUGCCAACGAAGACUUCAGCACAAGUUACCCCUUGAUGCGUAUCUGUUGAAACCGGUACAGCGUAUAACUAAAUACCAGUUAUUGCUCAAGGAUCUACUUAAAUACGCGACACUACGAGUUGCUCAUGGAGACGACGCUUCACUACGAGAUUCGGAGUCUAACCCUGCAGCUUCAAUCCCCGUGUUGCCGGGUCUUCAGCACGCGUCCGCGAGUACACAACAGCUGCAACAAGCCGUAGACACGAUGCUCGACGUGCUUCGACACGUGAACGACUCUAUGCAUCAAGUUUCUAUCACAGGCUUUCAUGGCUCCUUGUCUGAUUAUGGGAAGUUGUUAUUACAAGGGCCAUUCAAUGUCUGGAUGGAAGAAAAAAAGAGAGAACGGUCAGUGAAAGAUUUGAGAUUUAAACCUUCGCGAAGGUACAUUUUUCUCUACGAGCAGUUGGUUCUUUUCACCAAGAGGCAAGGACGAGAUGAGAACCUAUCCUAUGCAUUUAAAAACGCUCUCAAGACAUCUCAGAUAGGUCUAACUGAGAACUUGAAAGGACGUGGUGAUAAGCGCAAAUUCGAGGUAUGGCUACACGGUCGGUCGCAGGUGUUUACUAUCCAGGCACCAACAGCGGAGGUUAAGGAACAAUGGCUACGAGCUCUCAAAGGCGUCCUGUUGCAUCAAUUCGAGCUACUCAAAGACGAAAAUUCACGAAAAUACAUUGAAUUAUCUUCGUACAUUUCUACCCGACCAAUAAUACAACACCAUCGACCGAUGCGACACAACACGAUCGGUGGGCCUAAUUCAACAAGUGGAGUUCCAGGUCACCUGGCCUUCUCCGCUCUUGGCGGCUGGGAGCGGCAUCAUUCGCUACAGAGCACUCCCAUCUCAACGCCGACGGCUUCACUUGGUCUCGGUGAGCAUUAUUCUUCUAAUUCGUCACUGUCCGCCUUGCCGAAUUUCACAUUCAACCUACAAUCGUCAGCCGACUGUCGAGCGAUACCCGGCUGUGAGGGGCCCCAGCAGAAAAGUCCGCUGGGCCGACGCGCGACUCUGCCAGCUCUACGGCGAAGGGCCGAUUCGGACGUUGAGGACGGCUGGUCAACUGAUGAUCUCCGCUCCGACGAGGAUGAUGAUGAGGAGCUGUUUGUACCACCCUCGCAGGUGGGGCAUUUAUACUUAGCCCUUGGCGAUUACUCAGCAGUUGACGUUGGUGAAGCGUCGCUAUGCGAAGGACAGACCGUACAGGUUAUGCGAGUGGGAUGUGCCGGAUGGUGGUACGUGCGGGGCGUGGACCAGACCUUAGAAGGCUGGGUACCAGCCUCAUAUUUAGGGGCAGUUGCUACAACGGGGGGCGCGAACACAGCCAUUGGAGCGACAAACUGCAGAGUCCCGAUAAACACUCGCUCAUCACCUUCGAUAAGUAGCCAAGAUUCGGGUUGUGGUGUGGGCCCGUCGGGGCCGGGUCUUCGGCACACUUAUAGUAGAAACAGUGUUGCAAGUAACCUGAGCACUACUUCAUUGGACCCGUAACUUACCUUCUCGUAUACGGAAUUGUCGGGGGACGCAGCCGCAGCGCGCAUCGGCCAACUAAUGACCACAAGCAAAAAUGCAACUUUUCAACAAACGACGAUGAUUAAAUAAUGUCAUCUUCUGCUGUUGCUACUACAGCCAUCGUCUCCGUCGCCGCCAGUGAGAAAAGAAGAAAGCAGACAGCUAUGGGGACGAACGAACGACAAGAUACACCAAACAAGAUUCUAGAUCAACCUUAGCGGAAGGCAGUGUCGCAUCGUGGUUCUAAUAGAUAGCCAGUGGAAGUGAGCCCGCUAACUAGCAAACAGGCCAAAAUUCAACAAAGGAUCCGCUUCUAGCUAGCAGAGUAAAGAAAACAUCUCACAACCGAUAUCUCACACCACUCCCAUCAUACUGCAGAAUCACUGGUAUCACACCACAGAUAGAUAAUUCUAUCACGAUGCAAACUGUGACACCACAUCCAGUUAUCAGUCCGCUUUUGCAGCCAUCCACACAGAUGCUGUAGAAGUUUUCCAUAAAGAAGUCCUUCAAUCCAAAUUGGCUUUUGUCCUCGGGGUGAGUUAGGUAAUUAUUGCUGACGUCGCCACUACUAUUAUUUUAUAUAAUAACAGGCUGCCAGUUCUCAUAAGUUAGCUUGUCUACAAAGAAACUAGCUGAUGUUUACGCUCGAUGAGGAUUCAGGCCACCCCCAUGACAGCCGACCCAUUAAGUACUGUAGAGUCUUUUAUAUAUAUAUAUACAAUUUGAUGUAGAAACUGGCCUACCUCGACAGAUGUGCGCCAAAACAUGUUACUUUUAUGUUUACGUGGGUACAGUACAACGUGAUUCGUUGUGUUCUUCCGCUAACAGAAUGUGUGUGACCGCUUAUUUUUGCCGGCCACCUGCACAGACCUGUCGCACUGUUGUAACUUAGAUGAACAUCGAACCGUUUAGCUUUAGCUAAGCACGUACGUUGACUACAUCAAACUCUUACUGUCCCCAACCUCAGUCGUAGGCAGUGCCGUCAACAUCGCUGAUUCAAUCCCCAUUUUUUCAGCAAACUGAAGAGGUACUGAAGGCCCUUCUUAUCAAUGUGCGAAAAAAAUCCAUUACACUAUCCAUGCCGACAACACGCUCACGCUAAAUUCACCGACCACACAGUGAAGUUCAAAAACAAAAAAACGGAAAAAAAGCGAAAGAGGCGCCAUGUUCCUUUGCUCAAACGUUUUACUGGCGUUGGCGAUGUAGCGCCAGCGCUUCAUGAGCGCUCACAAGUGCCAUCGAUCGACAGCUUCAAUACAACUCUAUCAGUAGUACCAUUGAUAUCACAAUACUCAAACUAAUUAUUCAUAAUAGAAUGCAUAAAGUACAGGCGGCAGUUCACGAGUCCGAGAGUUCCCAUAGCAAAUAAAUUCAAGAGAUACAUAUAGUAGCGUCCUCCGUGUUAAAGACCAAUAUAUAUGUAUAUACAUCUAUAUAAAGACACCACUGCACCACUCAUCAUGAUGAACUCGCAUCUCCCAUUGUUGGCGCCGCCACCUCUUCGCAUCGUUUAACGUUUUACCGAUAGACAUCGUUAAUAUGAUGCACGCUAUUAAGGCGCUCAAUGUGUCUAGCUACGGAAAUCGAUGCUAGUUCGAUGGCAACCAAGACUGCCGGCGUAAUAGUGUAUGACCCCGCUAUAGAACAAUUCUUAUCAAUGAGAAUUACUACAGAUUAUUAUGUGGUUCACCAUUCGUUCACGGGUUAAUAUAGCCUGAUAUACUGGUGACAGGCAGGCCGGGGGUAGGCGAUGACUGGGCUACAUUCCGAGACCGGGUUAUGAAGUUCUGCUGCGGCAACUGGGCAUCCCAUGCCCAUCCUCCACUGAUAAAGCAAGGUGAUCACGACCUGCCCAAUGCGCGAAGUUGCUUCGAUACCGGAGUAAUGUUGAUAGCCGCUGUCAUUUUCAUUAUGAAGUGCGGCCGCCGAUGGCGCUCAUGUGCCAUUGGGUCUUUGUCCCUUCUUCCCUAGACCAUUUUCUAGUACCUUCUCAUACAAUUUCUCUGACUGUCCUUAUAAAGAAGAAAUUAUUUACUUGCAUAGUUCUGUUUUACGUAUUAUCGAUAACGAAGACGCUCGUUUUUGCCCAACGUUUCGAUAGUCACCAGCUGGAGUAAGUGACAGAUAAUAACGUGUAUUGGUAAAAUUUUUUGGUUCAUGUGAAGACUUUCUUUUUUCCGCAAAUCCAUUACGCUAGAAAUACGCCAGUAGCAAUUAUCUUCACGUAUACUUCGCAGAGUCAUCGUCUACAACCAUAUAAGCACAUAGCGCGAGAAACUUCUUUUCUACACAUAAGUUCUCUGAUGGUGAGAUAUAGAUAAAGCUGAAUUAAAAAAAAAACAUACGGAUACUUCGUCCUUAUUACUACCAUACAGUAACUACAUACAAGUUUAUUGGGCUUGAUAGACGAUGCGUAAGAUUGAAACAACAACAAUCUAAGAACAGGAACUUGUAGCAGAAGUGAACCAGUGGCCGGAAGUCACCGGCCAUAUCGGAGGGAAGAGGCAUGCCUAUUCGACAUUGAGAGAGAGAGAGAGACGGUAAAAUGGACGGCCAGAAACAUAUUUCCAAUGGCGUUUGAUGCCCCAAGGAGCAUUUGGCAUUUUACCACGCACCUACAGGCCAUAAAGGGCGGCCUCAAUUCUUAUCAAUGUGUCCAAUUCAUUGCAAAUGCCACCUCUAUUUUUAUGAUUUUUGACUACUCGUCAAUCGUAUCUUAGGAGCGACACAGCCCCGUAGCAUCGUUGCUGCUGGCUUUAGCACCAUGCGAAAAUGUUAUAAUACUUGACAAAUAGAAUAAGUCAAGCGAAUUUGUCUAACUAAUACGCAGAGUAAUUCCUUUUUACUCGGGCGUGAGCCAAUUUCCAACACAUUCAUUAUACACUAGACCUAUAAAAACCUAACCAAUCUAUAUUCUACGAAUGCGAAGUUCUAGAAGACGCAGGCCACAAUGCCUCCUUUCGAGACACAAACCAGCCGACCUAUUAUCCAGACCUGUCCAAAACAGUAAUGAAUUGUACUAAUGAUAAACACAGAUCGACGUCAGACGUCUAUCGUUCCGUAUAACUGCUACUAUCGCAAUGCAAUUGUAAUUGUGACUAUGUCUAUAUAUAGUCACUUCUACAAACAGAUCUCAGCGCACCCUUUACAACCUUCACUCACUCUGUUUUACUAAUAAUGAAUCGAAACGUGAGAUAUCCAUCCAUUCCAUUUUUAUCUAGGCUUCAGCAUAACACAAUACUCGAGUAUGUUACAGGUCUGAUCGUGCAACAUGAACUUACCUGGUGUGGCGUGCUGAAACCCCGUAUGUACGACGGCACUAUUACACCGAGCUUCUCUAGUGAAUUUUCAUGUAAUAUUUAUAUUAUAGUAAGAUAUUUAUAUCUUGUUAGCUUUUUUUACCAUUCCAGCUUCGACAACAUCAGAAUAGAAUAAAUCAUAGAGAAACGAAAUUGAAAUUGACUGUAUCCAGGCUCGUUUCCGCUUGCCUGACUGACAACGAUAUAAAUCUUAUCACGUAUGGGAUAUUUCUACCCUGAAAGCGAUGUUGUCUACGGCUGACUGUGACUAUUAUUGUACAAUAAAGGACCAGAAAUAAUUACCUCCACCUUAAACUAUAUAACUCAAUAGCACUUACAACAAUAUAAAUAGGAUAUAUUUAGCUAACAUGCUCUGAAUUUACCGUGGUAACACGACUUAUUAAUAACAACGCCAAGGAUAGCAAUAAACAUUAGGCCUGUUAUCCAGUGAGUGAUAAAUGAUCUAUUUACUCCGCAGUGCAGAAGGUGCAAAUCAGUGGGGGCAAAACAGGGUGAAAUGUGGUAAUUCGUCCUAGCGAUCAGUCGAAUAGAGAUCUUCCUAAUGGAAAGUGUACGGACGUUGUCAGAAGCAGGGCGACUUACAAAAUCGUGUACGCCCUUAGGUAGCAGUGAUUGUGAUGUAAAAAUACGACAAAAAUUAGGUUUUUCCCUUUUAGCGUAAAAUUUCCGGAGGGCAAUUGAUGUUUCCCGUCGCUCGAUUGUAAUUUAGAAUAUUGUCUAAAACCUUAUACUAUAAUAGAGUAAAUGAAAAAGCAGACCGAACUGCAUGAAUUUUGGUCACUGAGUAGAGUAUUCGUAAUGAGUGAGCACUGCCUAUCGAGGUCCUUCUCUCAGGCGUUCGCGAUGCUUUACCUAUUACGAAACGACUCACCGGCACGUACUGUUUGCCUAAGAACGAUAUACCUUAUUCUAUACAUGAGAGCAUAUAUUCCACGCGCUUCAUGCGGAUGGUUGUGAGCGUGUCAAAAAUUUACGCUGCUUCCGGCAGUGUAUCCGCCAUUGUUUAAUAGCCGUCAUCGAAAUAAUAAUGCAAAUAGAUAAAUCUAUAAUGGUUAAUUACGACUGAAGCAACGUGUAUCCUUAAGGAGAAAAAUUCAUACUCACUGAGAUCGAUUCUAUUGGAUGUCGUAGGAAAUGCCACACCUAACAAAAAAGCCAUUUAAAUGAAGGUCUUGGGAGAUUCAGCUGAAUUAAACGACUGCUGAUUGAGCGACUGAUUCACUGGGUAAUCGAGAACGAAACAUAGAGUAUCUGCGUGUUUUUGUGCGUGUCUGUCUAUGUACUAUAAUAUGUGCAUGCUCCCUGUAUACUUGUAUUGGACGUCCGUCGUUCACGUGUGCUUUACGUGUCGUUCGUCAGUUAUGAGCUGCGUCAGCAUAUAGAUAUAUUCGUGUCGUCGUCAAGAACAGUUCAACCGAACCGCCGAAGUGUUACCUAUUUACAAUAUAAGAGACAACACCGAAUGCAAUAGUACUACCAAUUCUUACCGAUGCAAGCGUCCGCUGCGUUGCUGCAAAGUAGAAGUUGACAGCAUCGAAACAAUAAGUUACCAAUUACCGUUUGGUUUUAUAUGCCAACGAUAGUUUGCGAAGAUGGAUGGCAAUUUUUGUAGACAAACAAGUGAAACGGGACCGACAUCAAAGGCAAAAAACCACCCCUAAUAAUAUCAAGGUAUACCAUGGCGUAAAAGGAUUAUACGCCUAACGGAUUUCGUAUCAACUUAUCUAUUGCAUUGUUACAGCUGCCUAUCGCCGGCUGCACGUUGACGCACGACCAUGAUCAGGUUAUCUUGCGGAUGAGUAAGGCUUUCCUAUACUAUGAAUUGGACUACCGACUAUCAUAGACAUAGAGUAAACGAAGGUAUAUUGGAUUACGGUAUUUUUUUUUUGUCAAACUAUGUACACAAGGAUUCAUGACGUGUCGCUCACAGUAGCGACAAUGGUAAAUCGUCGCUCGUUCGAAUUAAAGAAAAUGAUUAAGCGUCACCAAAUCAUGAUCCAUGCAAUCGAGACGCGGUCAAAAUGCAAAAGUGGUGAAUAUACAUGCAAUACUAAUAAUAAUUCCUAUAUAUAUAUAUAUAUAUAUAUGGUUAAGAGAUGGUCAUGUGAUGAGGACAAAAGGCCUUUGUCUAAAGCGUGACGUUUGAGAGCAACAAACGCUAGAUGAAAUGAACGAAUUCCGCCGAAUGAGGCACGAAAAGAAGAGAGGGCCGAGAGCAGAAGAGAAUGUGGUAUCACAUAAGGCGAUAGUCACGAGGAAAUCGUUAUGUUAACAUUGUUGACGAGGAUCUACGAGCGACGGACGACAUUAUUAGAGGGACGCCGAUGAUGCUGAUGAUACUAUGUAUUAAAAAACACACAAACUGUAUGUUAAUUACACCGACGACAUCAAUGAAGAAGAAGAAAAUUCUGUG